CACACGUCAAUCCAACACCAGGUUCCAUGGAGAAUGCCGAGAUAACUCGAAUAACGGUACGCUACAAUAUUUAUGUGGGAGAAAUGAUCUUCGUUUGAUAAACAACCGAAUAUGCGUUUGUCGCGCGCAUCAAUAAACCGCACAUAAAACAACAACAACAACAACAACAAACGGCAGAACUGUUUUUCGUCUCGUCACGAAACCCAACAGCUCCAGCCGAGACAGAACCAUUGUCUGAAUAUAUGUUUAGGAUGGCCUGGAUAGGCAAGAAGAAGUCGGUGAUAGCCACCAGUCUGAUCGCGGUGGUGUCGCUCUUUGUUGUGGUGGUCAACUACUCAGAGAAGCCAUACUUCCUCCUGGAACCAGUCUUCGGACAAACCUUCAGCAGCCACUGGAUGUUCUCCAGACAGACUCACAAGGCCUUCAAACCUCACCUGGGAUACGUCAGCAUCCCUAAGCAGGAGCCACUGAAGCUACACUGUGAGGUCUGCUCCGUGGUGUCCAGUUCAGGUCAGAUGUUGGGCCAGGCAGCAGGGCCGGAGAUCGACCACUCCUCCUGUAUCUGGCGUAUGAACAACGCCCCGACGCGCGGGUUCGAACACGACGUGGGGCACCGCACCACCCUCAGGGUCGUCUCUCACACCUCUGUGCCUCUGCUGCUACAGAGGCCUCAGUACUUCUUUGGCCAGGCCAACGACACGGUAUAUGUGGUGUGGGGUCCUCUGAGGAACAUGAGGAAGGAUGGGAAGGGCAUUGUGUACAACAUGCUGAGACAGGCUGUAGAGAAGUACCCCCAGGCUAGGAUCUACCUCACCACAGAGGAACGCAUGAACUACUGUGACAUGGUGUUCAAGAAGGAGACCGGGAAGGACAGGAUCCAGUCUGGUUCGUACCUCAGUACCGGUUGGUUCACUCUGAUCCUGGCCAUGGACAUGUGUAAAGAGAUCCACGUCUACGGCAUGAUCAACGACACCUACUGCAAGUCAGAGGGGUACCGUAAGGUCCCGUACCACUACUAUGAAGCCGGUAGUCGUGAUGAGUGUGCAGAGUAUCUCCUCCACGAGAGCGCUCCAUACGGCGGCCACCGUUUCAUCACAGAGAAGACCGUCUUCGCCAAGUGGGCCAGAACACACACCAUUAAGUUCUACAACCCGCCAUGGAAACUGUCGUGACCCGGAGGGACCGCAGAUAGCCGGGAGGUCUGGAGGAGGGCCAUUAUUGAUGACAUCACACAGCCGUGUCCACCUCAUCAUCCAGGGACAGGGAGAACGCAGGGCCACUACCGUUACACCAGAGCAGUGUCCCAAAUGACACCCUCUCCCCUAUAUAGUGCACUAUCGGGCCCUGGUCAAAAGUAAUGCACUAUAUAGGCACGUCUCCCUCCCUUGGCGUUGUCUAGGUGUAUAUGACACUGAAAUGUACAGUCAGAAUGCGCACAUCGUUCUGCAAUCCCAGUCCGUCCAUUACCACUGAGCCUGUAGUCUGAGGGGUUGUAAUUCCCGUCCCACUGCUUGCCUGACUGUAGCACUGAAACCAGACACCCAUCCUGGGCUGAAACGUAGAUGGUAGAGGGUGGUCCCUCCAUGUCCCUCCAUGUCCUCACUGAGCCAUGAACCAAGGCCUUCUGUUCAAUAAAACAAUCUGGCCACUGCAGGACAGGCUCAUCCAUCUAUCCCAUUAGAGAAACAACAUGAAGAAGAAACUAUUUCUCCACUCAUUGAAUGUCUGUUGUCAUCUUCUAGAACUCUGUUGACCUCUUCUAGGACUCUGUUGUCAUCUUCUAGAACUCUGUUAACCUUUUCUAGAACUCUGUUGACAUCUUCUAGAACUCUGUUGACCUCUUCUAGAACUCUGUUGACCUAUUCCAGAACUCUGAGCUGGAGAAAAUGUGAUGUCCUAAAGGAGCUCCGGAGCAGGGGUCUUCUUGACCUCCAAUCAUCUGCUGCUUGGAUGUUGUAAAGGUUGGUGAAUGACAAAGGACAGAUAGUUCAACUCAACAGAUACGGGAUAAGAAAAUAAUGAAACCAACAAACUGUUCUUCAUCUCUACAGUAGCUACACACAGGCUGUCUCCCUAAUGACACCCUAUUCCCUACAUAGUGCACUACUUUUGACCAGGGCCCUAUAGGUAGUGCACUAUGUAGGGAAUAGGGUCCUUUAGAUGUGCUGAAGCCCUGUACAGUACAGUAUGUAUCUCACAAGUCUGAACUCUCCAAGAUGUUGUUAUUCUAUGUCAGUCUGGGUGUUGAUAGAGGCCUGUUACCAAUCUCUGACCAGCUACACUACUUUAUUCUUCAUCUGGCUGUACCCCCUUUCUGUCUGUCUGUCCACUUAGAAUUAUUGGCUACCAGGGGUGUCUCAAAUGGUGCCCUAUUCCCUAUAUAGAGCAUUCUUUAACCAGGGCCCAUAGGGCACUUCUUUAACCAGGGCCCAUAGAGCUGACCACAGGGCACUUCUUUAACCAGGGCCCAUAGAGCUGACCAUAGGGCACUUUUUUAACCAGGGCCUCUAGAGCACUUCUUUAACCAGGGCCUAUAGAGCUGACCAUAGGGCACUUCUUUAACCAAGGCCCAUAGAGCUGACCAUAGGGCACUUCUUUAACCAAGGCCCAUAGAGCUGACCAUAGGGCACUUCUUUAACCAGGGCCCAUAGAGCUGACCAUAGGGCACUUCUUUAACCAGGGCCCAUAGAGCUGACCAUAGGGCACUUCUUUAACCAGGGUCCAUAGGGCACUU